AUUCAUUCCUUUUAAAUCAGUUUGUUCAUCGGUAACAACUUACUACAAAAGCAUGAAGGCUAAUCAGGUUAAACUAGUUCCAUCUGUAAUUAUCAAGAUGCGUCGUGCUCAUGGGGAAGACCCAAAGAAGUGGGAUCAAAGAAAUGCUCUAGCUCUGCAUGCUAUUAAGAUUUCAUGUGGAGAAGAAAUGUUUGAUGGGAUUAAGGAGAUGAAUUCAGCAAAAGAUGCUUGGAAAGCAUUGGCUGACUCGCAUAAACAACCAAAAGAUAACGAGGGCGAAGAUACAGGAUUCAAGACUUUUGAAAGGAAACAAGCCGUAACUUUGCUCAAGGACAUAAAAAAGGGGGAUUCUGAUGCUGUAAAAGAACUCUUUGAAACACAUCCUCUGUAUUCUGUAGUAUUGGAAGACCGUUCUGCAGCAUUAGAAGACCGUUCCACUCUUCUUCAUGUUGCAAUUGCUGCUGGCCAGGUAGAGUUGGCUAAGAAACUGAUUUCGGUGAUGUCAGACGAAGAGUUGGAAAUACGAAAUAAGCGCGGCCAGACAGCUCUCUCCUCGGCUGCUUGUAAGGGAAGUAGAAAGAUCGUAGAAUGUUUGGUUGAAAAGAACAAAAGAUUGCUUGAAAUACCAGAUUGUGAGAAGAAGAUCCCACUUGUAUUGGCCUGUGCCACACACCAUAAGUCUUUGACUCUUUAUCUUUAUUCGGAGACACCUAGGAAAAUUCUAGGUCCAGAAAAAGGAGACCAUGGGUUCCUCCUCCUCAAAGAGUGUCUAAGGAACCAUAUGUUUGGUCAAUGGUUACCAUAUGAUCUAAAGUAUGACCGAGCCAAAGCCCGUAAGAUGGUAAGUUUCAUAUGUGAUCAACUGUCAACUUUAGAAAGAGAGCAACUUAUUAGCAGUGGAGCAGUGGAAGCUACCUUCAAGACUAUCGAGCUUGGCUACCUUGGCUUUGUAAAACAAAUUUCAGAAGCUAAUCCUGAUAUAGUUUGGAGCCAUACUGAUCCCAAACACUCAAGAGACAUGUUAACGUAUGCUGUAGAACAUCGUCAAAAGGAAAUUGCCAAGUUUCUUUAUAGACUCGAUCCAGCGAGGAUCAUAACGGGGUUUACCAUAGAUAACGACCAAAACAAUCUGUUACAUCUGGCUGCAAAGUUGGCAGCUCCCAGCUCUCCCCAUAAUCCAGUUCUUCAAAUGCAAAGCGAAGCAAGGUGGUUUAAGCAGGUAUUACUGUUCCUGGUGGUAAUAAUGACCAGGAUGGCUUCCCUAUCUUCUCUAAAAGAGCAUCUUUUAAGCUAUUCAUAAGUAUGGAUCUAGUUUCUUUCUAUCUUGCAUCUCUUUCAGUCUUGUGUUUUUUGCAUAUCCAUGAGUCGUGUCUUACCAAGGAAGAUUUCCUAACUGGACCCUUGUGGACCUUUACUGCCAGGUUGGCCUUGAGCUUCUAUUUCCUAUUCUGGUCCAUUGGAAGCAUGCUAUUUAUCUCUAUUGCUUCUGUUGGACUUUUGUCUCCUCACUACUCUAUUUUGCGGGACUGCAUUUUUCCUACAGUUAUCCUUGGCUGUCCAUAUGUCUACAUUUUUCUAAAACACCUUCACCCUCUUCUUGCUAUUGUAUUUCUCCAUAUUUUUUUGUAACAGAAAAUAAGGUUUCGACCUGUUUUCAGAUUGCAUCUUUGAACAAGUCCACCAUCCUGUUUCAAUAUAUGCGUGGUUAAAUAUCAUCACUUCUUCCCGUGUACUAAAACCUGAAUUCCGCGCGUUGCGUGGUCUCGUGUGCAUUUUUUCUCUUCUCUGGAUUUGGAUGUGCUCUAUGUUUACUGUAAUAUUAUUAAUGUUAAAGUCUGCUUCGACAUUGAAUUUUAAUUUAAAUUCACAGACGAUGUAUCAGUAAUUUAAUAUAACUAUUAAUUGUUA